AUGGGCAGCAGCUGGAACCCCUUUUCCGUCUCGCCCAACCGGCGCUCGUCGUCAUACCGCCCGGGCUAUGCUUCAUCGUCGUACUCGUCGUCGUCGCGCCACCACAGCUCGACAUCGCGGUACAAGCGCUCGCCCCGCGACAACUACAUGCAGCACCUGUACAAGAAGCUGCAGCACUUUCUGCGCGAAAUCUGGCGCUACGCCCAGCGCCACCCCUACAAAGUCUUCUUCAUGAUCAUCAUGCCCCUCGUCUCCGGCGGCGUCCUACACAAGCUCGCCCGCCAAUUCGGCGUCAACCUUCCCCAAAUGGGCAACCAGCCCCAGCACCGCGGUAGCACCGCCGGCGGAUACUACGGCAGCCAGGGCUACGGCCGCGAGACAUAUACCUCCUCCCGACGGAGCGCCCCCUCGGCAAACGCCCCUGCCAACGGCGGCGGAGGCAUGAUGGCCAGCCUGCAAAACAUGGACAUGGACAAGGUGGCUGGCGGCAUCGGCGGUCUGGCGACCCUGGCGAGUAUGGCGUCUAAAUUCGUCUAG